UAACAGACAGUGCUACCAUCAUCCCUGUCCCUUUUUUUUGCUCUUGGGCGGCGAAAAAUGGCGGGGCGAAGAGCAAAGAGAAGAAGAGGAUUUCCACGCACACGUCGACCCAUACAUCCAUAUAUACUCCCCCUCACUUGCGCUCCUCCAUCUUUCGUAGUUCUCGGGCAACUCGUCAAUACCUUCAGGAAUACCCUUCGUCCCUCUCAACGCCGUCCUCACCACCCCGCGAGCCGCUCGCCAUGGAGGUCGACGCCCCGCUCCAUUUCACGCCCGACACCAAAAACGCCCCUACGGUCCUCUGCGCAGACUGCGGCGCUCCCAUCGAUGGCACACAGUCCGCUGGCGCCUUCUGCUAUGACUGCAUAAAGCUCAAGACCGAUGUCACCGGCACCAUCCAGCGCGAGGCCACUCUCCAUAUGUGCAGAGACUGCGACCGAUGGCUCAGUCCUCCAAACUCCUGGGUUGUUGCCCAGCCAGAGUCUCGAGAGCUUCUCGCUCUGUGCCUCAAGAAACUGCGCGGUCUGAACAAACUGCGCAUCAUUGACGCCAACUUCAUCUGGACCGAAUCGCAUUCCAGGAGGAUCAAGGUCAAGAUCACGGUUCAAUCGGAAAUCGGCGAUGGCGCCAUUAUGCAGCAGAGUUUCGAGGUGGAAUACACUCAAAACUACCACCAAUGCCCCGACUGCGCAAAGAGUUAUACCCACAACACUUGGAGAGCAUGUGUGCAGGUCCGCCAGAAGGUCCCACACAAGCGGACCUUUUUGUUCCUGGAACAGUCCAUUCUCAAGCAUGCCGCCCAUAAGGACACCAUCAAUAUCAAGGAAGUCCAUGAUGGUAUUGAUUUUUUCUUCGCCCAGAGAAAUCAUGCCGAGGGCUUUAUAGACUUUCUCAAGGCCGUGGUGCCCGUCAACGUGAAGAAGAGUCAGGAGCUCAUCAGUCACGACAUUCACACAUCGACCAAGAGUUUCAAGUUCUCCUAUUCCGUGGAGCUGGUGCCUAUCUGCAAAGACGAUCUUGUGGUCCUGCCCAUUCCCCUUGCCCGGAAAAUUGGCAACAUCUCUCCAUUGACCCUGUGCUACCGCAUCGGAACUUCGGUCAAUCUCAUAGAUCCACAGACUCUUCAAACUGCUGAUGUAGAUACGGCGCUCUACUGGAGAACUCCUUUCCGGCCGCUUGCUGAUGUACAGGAGCUGUGCGAGUUCAUUGUGCUGGACAUUGAGCCACUAGGAGCUAAGAAGGGUCGUCAUUUCCUUGCCGAAGCCACCGUUGCUCGUGCAAGCGACAUGGGUUCCAACGACAGCACAUACUACACGCGCACACAUCUUGGUGGCAUUCUCGGUGUCGGCGACUCGGUCAUGGGCUAUCACAUGUCGGGCACGAAUUUCAACAACGAGCUCUUCGACAAGCUGGAAGAUUCCAAGCAAGCUUCUCAUAUCCCCGACGUGGUUCUCGUCAAGAAACACUACAACCGCUCCAAGAAAGCCAAGAGCAAGCGCAACUGGCGCAUCAAGCGCAUGGCCAGGGAGGAAUCAGAGAUGCUACCGAGGAAACAAGACCAAGAGAAGAUGGAGCGCGACUUUGAGAUGUUCUUGCGUGAUGUCGAGGAGGACGAGGAUCUGCGAGCAGGUAUUGCUCUCUACAAGACAGAGCAGGAGCAAGCAGCAGCCGAUGCUAUGGAGGUGGAGGAGAGUGAAUUCGGUGAUGAUGACGGCCUUGCUAUACCCAUGGAUCAGCUACUUGACGAUCUCGAGGACAUGAAAAUGGGAGAUUAG